AUGGCUGUUAGGCACAAAAAUCUGGACUCAAAAACAAGGCCAAUGCUACGCGACGUCCACCCAUCCGUCCAGCCCCACGUCAAGUGCCACCAGGCUUUUUCGAUAACGUGCAAUGCGGUGGUCCUUCCUCCACUACCCACCGUCGAGUCCACCCUGAUCCCUGUCUCCGCGAUGCUUUUGCACUAUCCUGGAGAUCACGUCCACCAACAUCCACUGGGACCUGGUACCUCCUCUCGUCGCAGACCUCCUGUUGUCGACGUUCCUGCACUAGAUGACAAGAAGGCACUGUAUGUUGCUCGGCUGCCGGAACGAGCUAGCGACAAAGCAAAACGCGUCGACAACUCGAAAUGGUGGGCUCGUGUUGUGCUGUUCCUCUGCUGUGUGUCUCCGUCCAACGAUGACGGUCACUGA